AUGCUAUUGCUGGGGCUUUUUCUGGUGCUCUGGUACCUAUUCGUGAUCGAAGGUUCUGCUACCUGUAUCGCGGGCAUCAUCGCCUGGUUCUGGUUACCCACGGGCCCUGGAUCGGCUUUGUUUCUCAACAGACGCCAGAGAGAGUUCGCCGUUGCAAGGAUGCAAAGCGACAAUGCCCGAUACGUGCGCCACAGCUUAGGCAAAGAUGGCAUGGAGAAGAUCUCAGAGCGUCUUUCAAAGAGAGAUAUCGAAGAGAUGGUGAAAGACUGGAAACUGUGGUACGCCUUGAUCUUCAAUAUUUGUGCGUCUGUCUCGGCACAGGAUUUCUCGGUCUUCCUUCCUCUGGUCGUUAAGGGGCUGGGAUACACCUCUAUCAACGCCAAUCUGAUGUCUGUUCCUCCUUACGUAUGUGGGGCGAUGGGUCUGUAUCUCUUUGCAAUGAGCUCCGAUCGUCACAAGGAGAGGGGCUACCAUAUAGUCGUUGGGCUGCUCAUCUGUCUUGUUGGAUUAGUCGUUCUAGUCACCGUACAGCACAAUGGCGCCAAGUAUGCUGGAUUGUGUAUCUUGCUGUUAGGAAGCUACACUUCCGCGCCUCUUGUCGUUGCGUGGUUGAGUGGCAACACUCCGGAGCCGGGCAAGCGAUCCUUCGUAAUCGGGGUGAAUGGGUGCGGAAACCUGGCGGGAGUCAUCGGCGCACAGCUUUUCCGAGCGCAAUACGCACCGCGGUUUCUCCUGCCCUUCUACGUCACCUUGGGACUGACGAUCUUUUCCAUGGCGGGGUUCCUGUCGUAUCGCUUCGUGCUGCGCGCCGUCAAUCGUCGCAAGGCUCGCAAGAUCCAGGGCUGGAACGAGCAGCAGCUGGACGACGAGCGGAGAAGCUCGAAGCGUUAUGCCGACAAGAAGUAUAUCUUUGUGUAUGGGUUGUGA